UUGGAAGAGGAAAGUUGACAGAAGUUUUAAUAAAAAAAUUAAGCACUUACUAUGGACUAGCAAUUAGGAGAAAUGUAAAUAGCGUUGAAGACAUGAAAAAUGAGAUAUUGGCAACUUAUUUCCAUAUGAUAUCAACAGAUGAUAAUCCACAACAUGACAAAUGUCCAAAGGGUGUAGAUAGCUGGUGUAAGUGGAACGAAGCUAAAGCUCUGGGGACAGAACCUCCAAAAUAUCCGACACCUUUGCAUCCUGACGUUCAAAAAGCGAUUUUUCCAAUUUAUCAGGAUUUAUCCCGGGUAGAUUUAUUGGAGAGAUGUUUAGGAGGCCAUACUCAAAAUGUUAAUGAAAGUUUUAAUUCAACUAUUUGGCGUAUGGCCCCUAAACAUUUGCAUAGUGGUUUAAAAACUAUUGAAAUUGCUGCAUACUUGGCUGCUUGCUUAUUCAAUGAAGGCAGUUCAAGUAUUUUAUUAGUCAUGAACGAGUUAGGUCUCAUCGUUGGGAACAAUAGCUUCAAUCACGCACAACAAUCCGACAGUCAGCGCGUAACCCGUCAGAAUCGACGCAGCUCCUUGGACAGUAAAGAAGCCCGAAAAGCACGAAAAGAAAAGCUACAAGCUCAAAAUGAAGCAUAUGAAGCUGAAGAAGGCUUACAAUAUGGUGCUGGAAUAGCUGAUUAAUUGAUAAAAAUUAUGGCCUCCAUGAUGUACACCAGUUGCGAAGUCGGACGACAACCUACGAGAUGUAUCAGCUGAUAUCUUUACUACUUUUUAAGUUUUAUUCUUGUAAAUGUAAAUUUUUACUCUUCAAUAUAUGUAUAAA